AGGCGUGUCAUUUGGAGGUGCUUAAAAAAUCCGAAAGAAACAUCACUCAAAAACCACCUUUUCUGACCUCCCUAAAAUCUUCAUUCUCAAUCUUUAUUCUCUGUUUGAUCAAAACCCAGAACUCAAAAAAGCGUCUUUCUUUGUUUUCCUUUUCUUAUAUCUAUAUAUAAUUUGCAAAAUUGUUUCUUGUUGUUUGAACCCACAUUUGUUCUAUCCCCUAACGCAAAACCCAGAUAGUGUUUUGUGCCCAUGAAACGAGGGUACUCAGAAUCGCCAUCUACUUCUUCUAUUGGGCCACCCCAAUCCAGAUUCAAACCCAACCCAGAAGUUGAUGCACAAUUUUUGGAGGAUGAGAGCACAAAGAUUUUCGCCCGUAAAGUGGCUGACCAUUACAGUGCAAGGACAAACCAAACUCUUGAAGAACGAGAAGCUAGCGUAAUCAUCCAUUUGAAGAAACUAAACAAUUGGAUAAAAAGUGUGUUGAUUCAGCUCUACACUCGCCGAGGAGACGCAGUUCUUGAUCUUGCCUGCGGAAAGGGUGGUGAUCUCAUCAAGUGGGACAAGGCAAAAGUUGGAUAUUAUGUUGGAAUUGAUAUAGCUGAAGGAUCAAUAGAAGAUUGUCGUACACGUUAUAAUGGUGAUGCGGACCAUCACCAGCGCCGUAAAAAGUUCUCAUUUCCUGCCCGCCUCAUAUGCGGAGAUUGUUAUGAGGCUCGCUUGGAUGAAGUUUUGGCAAAUGAUGGACCCUUCGAUAUUUGCAGUUGCCAGUUUGCUAUGCAUUAUUCAUGGUCUACUGAGGCACGUGCACGGCGAGCUUUAGCCAAUGUAUCAGCUUUACUUCGUCCUGGUGGUACUUUCAUUGGAACAAUGCCAGAUGCCAAUGUGAUCAUUAAAAAGCUCAGACAAGCCGACAGGUUGGAAUUUGGUAACAGUGUCUACUGGAUACAUUUUGACGAAGAGUUUUCUGACAAGAAAUUUAGAUCUUCGAGCCCCUUUGGUAUCAAGUACAAAUUUCACCUAGAGGAUGCUGUUGACUGCCCUGAAUGGAUUGUCCCCUUUCAUGUCUUCAAAUCAUUAGCAGAAGAGUAUGAUUUGGAGCUAGUCUUUGUGAAAAAUUCCCAUGAAUUUGUGCACGAAUAUAUGAAGAAGGCCGAAUAUGUCGAGCUCAUGAGGCGGCUUGGGGCCUUGGGUGAUGGUAACCAAGAUCCGAGCACGUUAUCGCCAGACGAAUGGGAAGUAGCUUAUUUGUACUUGGCAUUUGUUCUGAGGAAGCGAGGCCAACCCGACCAGACACAAGUCAAUGGAAAAAGAGACAGAGGACAAAUGCAUAUAUCAAAAGAAGAUGUCAUGGCCAUUGGUAGUUAAUAAUCAAACAUCCUUUUUUUUAAAAGCAGACAAAUAAAAGGAUUUUUCUGGCUUAUAGCCAGCCUGCUUCGCCUAAUAGCCAGUACACAACAAUUUAUACCCUGGCUCUUUUCCAGUUCUCUAAAAACAUAGAUGUAACUAUUCAAUUUUGUAGAUUACUAAAGGAAUAUUUUUUUUUUUCCACCACUGCUGAGAAAAUUGUCAUAUUAUACUUUUUGGGAAGGAGAGCUUAAUAGUGAUCCUUUGCAUAAUUUGGGAGGUCAACUUCCUCUCCGUCCGUUGGGUGUAACUAUCGAGUAGUGUCAAGGAUUUUAACUUUUUGAUAUCAAUUCGUGUAAUAAGUCGUCAAUUUUUAUUAGUAAAUGUAAUCUUAUAAUUAUUGAGAGGCGCUAUAAUUUUCUAAGUUAAUGUAAUCUUAUAG